AGGUUCUCUCAGAUUGCAGCGGGAUGUUUCAUGAAAGCACAGACCCGGAAUGAUAGGAGGACAGGAGACUGCAGCAGCUGAGCUCUGGAAGCGAGAGCUGGAUGUGGGACCUGAGUGAGAGGAGGCUUGGGCAUCCGGAGCUGAAAGCUGAGCAGCAGACACCACUGGAGUCUGUGAGGGCACGACUGAGCAUGGGGCUAGCUUGCUGCUGCUCCCGCACCACUGCAGAGGCGUCCUCUCUGGAACAUGGAGACAAGGUUUUUGGACAGGGGGUUCCCAGUCCCCUGGAAGAGAUUAAGAGACUACUGAAGAUCUCCAGGGCACUGCAAGCCAGGUCUGUACCCUCCAGCCAGGAGAAGGCAAAAGGUCUUUCUGGAGAGCCUGGGCAGCCAGAGGGGAAAGGCCAAGAAACCUAUCCUGGCCCUGGGGAAGUGGAGGGUAAGGCAGAGCCAGCCAUGAGAAAGGAUGAUGUUUGCCCAGGCAUGAAAUAUAUCAGCGGAUGGUCUCUCAUGGAAGAAGCCAGGGCAGCUACACCCAAUGACUUAGCAAUGAGGAACACCAAACCAGACAAAACCACUGCUGCUGGGAAAGGGACCUGGGGAAAGGGAAAGGUGGUUCAGAGAGCAGAGGUAUUUCAUGUGAGCCUUUUAGGGCUUCUUGUCUCUUUAGACCACAUGCACAUAUUACGUGUAUAAAAUAAGGCACUGAAUUCAAACAAUGAAAUGCGAGUGCUGAGUUCGAUAGACUCAUACA